CUCAGCUCCUCCUCCCUCCCCCUCCCUUCUCCUCCUCCUCCUCCUCCUCCAGCCCUUGUGCGGGACUCCAUUUUCCAGUCCCAAAGUCUCCAAGGAAGGGGCCGUGGGAGCGCACCGCCAAGAUGGACUAGCGCGCCAGCCUUUCUUCUUCCAGCGUCGCCCUUCCGUCUCGGGCGGCCAAAGCCCGAGCGACCGCCCGUCCUCCCGCCGCCGGGGCUCGUUCACCCGCUCGCUCGCUCGCUCGCUCGCCCGCCAGCCAGCCCCCAUCGCUCCCUCGAUCGCUCGCGGCUCGCCGUGGACGCGCGCGCGCGCGUGUGGGGGGGAAUCCCUUCGCCGAGCAUGGAUGAUCCAGGCAGGCUGAUCCAAGCGCGGGGGGCGGUGGGGCUCGCGGGGCACCCCUCGGUCCAGGGGGUCCAAGCCAUGACCCCCCACGCUCUCCACGAGCCCCCGUCGGAUAACGGAGAGCCCCGGAAGCAAGAUAUCGGCGACAUCCUCCAGCAGAUCAUGACCAUCACCGAUCAAAGCUUGGACGAAGCGCAAGCAAAUUUCAACUGCAGGAAACACACGCUGAAUUGUCACCGCAUGAAACCGGCUCUCUUCACCGUCCUUUGUGAAAUCAAAGAAAAAACAGGGCUGAGCAUCCGGAGUUCGCAAGAGGAAGAGCCAGUAGACCCACAGCUGAUGCGCCUGGAUAACAUGCUCUUGGCUGAGGGGGUGGCCGGACCCGAAAAAGGGGGUGGUUCUGCAGCGGCAGCAGCGGCCGCAGCGGCAGCAGGAGGGGUGUCCCCCGACAACUCCAUUGAACACUCGGAUUACCGCAACAAGCUUUCGCAAAUCCGCCAGAUCUAUCACUCGGAGCUGGAGAAGUACGAGCAGGCCUGCAAUGAGUUCACAACCCACGUGAUGAAUUUGCUUCGAGAGCAAAGCCGCACACGCCCGGUGUCACCUAAGGAGAUUGAGCGCAUGGUCAGCAUCAUCCAUCGGAAGUUCAGCUCUAUCCAGAUGCAGCUGAAGCAGAGCACGUGUGAAGCGGUCAUGAUCCUGCGUUCCCGCUUCCUGGAUGCCAGGCGGAAGCGACGUAACUUCAGCAAGCAAGCCACCGAGGUCCUGAAUGAAUAUUUCUACUCGCACCUGAGCAACCCGUAUCCCAGCGAGGAGGCCAAGGAGGAGCUUGCCAAGAAAUGUGGCAUCACCGUCUCGCAGGUCUCAAACUGGUUCGGGAACAAGCGCAUCCGUUAUAAGAAGAACAUCGGCAAGUUCCAAGAGGAAGCCAAUAUUUACGCCGUGAAAACGGCGGUCAGCGCCGCACAGAGCGGGGGCGACUCUCCCAACACCCCCUCCUCCGCGGGCUCCGGGGGCUCCUUCAAUCUCUCCAGUUCGGGGGAUAUGUUCAUGGGCCUUCAAGGGCUAAAUGGAGACUCCUAUUCUACAUCACAGGUGGAGUCGAUGCGUCACUCCAUGGGGCCUGGUGGCUAUGGGGACAGUAUGGCUGCCAACCAGAUGUACAGCCCGCGAGAAAUGAGGGCCAAUGGGGGCUGGCAGGAAGCAGCCACCCCAUCUUCUGUCACCUCCCCAACAGAAGGUCCCGGCAGCGUCCACUCUGACACCUCCAACUGAUCGUGCUGUGCUGGCCGUCCCCCCCUUUUCACGUUCGUCCUGAUGCCAGGGAAGAGAAAAAAUGCCAGUUGUGAAUGGGCUGGGCAGAGACAGGACUCUUUUCAUUGCCUUAGGGGUCACCGCAUCACCGUGCCGGGGAAGGGUGGGGAGGGGAUCCGAUGACCCAGCGAUCCUUGGGGCAGAUCGCUUCGAGACGCACCUAUUGGGUAGAAGACGGUUAGCCUUCUGUGAUCCUGAGUGACAUCUUUGAUCACCAAGACCUGACUCUUAGCAUCCUGGAGGGGACCCAGCAUUAUCGGGGUGGGUGGGUGGGAACAGGUGGGGAGGGGUGCCCCAAACGGCUUAUCAAUUUGCAGGGGUCAAGGGAUAAGCUACUGUGGUGCCUGCAACCAACAUCAUCAUCGUCUGAUGGAUCGGUUUCAUAAGGUUACACCCGCCCUCCAAAAGAUCUGCGAUGGCCGUGUGGACGGAUCUCUUGUAAGAGAAGGAGCAAAGGAAGCUUGCCGGUUGGGGCUCGUGUUGGCAUCUCUCCAUGAUGGGAUGAUUCCAAAGGGAUAGACUGGUGUCUUCCCGUCCAGUUUAACC